GCUUUGGUUACUUAACACGCUCUCGGGGUUAAAUAAUUCUCAAAUAACAUACAUUAGAAUAAAAUGGUGAAAGUUGUAAUAAUAGGAGCUGGGAUAAACGGACUGGCUUGCGCAAUUAAAAUUCAGGAACAUUAUAAAAAUUCGGAAGUGGUAGUGCUAUCUCGUGAAUUUUCACCGAACACGACUGGUGAUGGGUCGGGCGGAUUGUGGUAUCCCUACCUCUGUGGGACAACCUCUCAACGCCUGCUCAAUAAAUGGGGAUCUGCCACUUACAAUUUCUUAUAUGAACUGUGGUUUCAAGGAGGGUACGACAUAUGCGCAAUACCUAUCUAUUAUUUUUUCCCUGAAACCUCUGGCCAAGUGAAACCCGAGUGGGCGGAGUCGGUGUUAGGAUACGAAGCAUUGAACGAACGACACUUGGAAUACUACAACCAGCUGCACAAUUCUAAAUAUGGUGGCGGUAUAAGAUUCACCACCUUCGUAUUACAUCCUGCAUCUUUUCUGAAGUACUUGAAAGAAAGAUUCGAACGCGCAAACGGGAAAGUUAUAUUCGGCGAUGUGACGUCCUUGCACGACCCAUUGCUUGAAGAAUACGAUGUGGUAGUGAACUGUGCCGGUUUGGGCGCCAGGCACUUAGUACCCGAUAACAGAGUGUAUCCGAUACGGGGUCAAGUAACGAAGUUUUGGUACACUCAGUGUUGUAGUAAGAAGAAAAAGCUGCGCGUGCAUGCCCUAAACCAGUGCUUCUCAAAAGGAGGGUCACAGAGGCUCCGCGUUCAGUCCGAGAGUUAAUAAAACAUUCCUAGAAAAGACGCAUAACUAACUAGAUUUAAUACGAUUUAAUAUUAUUAUUAUUUUUCAUUAGAUUUAAUAUUAUUUUUCACCAAAGUAUAAUAUGUUGUUUAUUUUCAAUUUCUUUAGUUAUCCAAAUAGGAUAUUAAAAAAGUUGCGAACCCACUGCGCUAAGCAUAUCUUAUAUCAUUUUGCUUAUAGGCUAACCUAGCAGUGAGUAUACUGCGUUGCUAAGAUUACACGCUGCGUCUCACCCCCGCGCCUAGAUCGAGACCCGAAAAUGUGCUACUGAGCAGUCGCCAUUUUGAUUCGACGUUACGUACCUUACGGACCACGCAUUAUAACUAGAGUUUGGCAAGCGAAACGUGACACCACCUAUUUUUCCGUUUUCAUAUGGCAACAACAUAGAACUGUCAGUUUG